AUGGAAGCACUCCAUUGUAUGCUGGAUAAAGUGGUUGAGAUGGGAGAAUUGGAGGGGCUUCGGUUUGGUAAUGGUGAGAAACCUAUAUCCCAUUUAUUUUAUGCCAAUGAUGCACUUCUUAUGGGAUUUUGGACGAAAGACAAUGUUGAGAAGGUGGCAAGAAUUCUUCGGGUGUUUCAUAUUUGCUUGGGUUUGAAAAUUAAUACUCAUAAAUCUCAUUUGUUUGGUAUUGGGGUUCAUGAAGGGGAGGUUGAUAGUAUGACGAAUGUUCUUUGGUGUCAGGUGGGGAGUGUACCCUUUGAUUAUUUGGGGAUCCGGGUUGGAGCUAAUAUGAAUAGGGUGUCUCAUUGGAUCACGGUUAUAGAAUCGGUUCAAAAUAGGUUGUCAUUGUGGAAGGCAAAAACUCUCUCUAUAGGAGGUAGGCUAACAUUAAUUAAAUCGGUGUUGUCUAGCCUUCCUAUUUAUUAUCUGUCUUUAUACAAGGCACCGAUAAAAAUUUUAGAGAAACUUGAAAGAUUAAUGAAGAAUUUUCUUUGGAGUGGAUCAAAUGAUGUGAAAAAAGUUCAUUGGGUGGUGUGGGAGGUGGUGACCACACCAAAAAAAAGAUGGGGGUUAGGAAUUGAAAAACUGGCGGAUGUUAAUUUGGCCUUAAUAGCCAAGUGGGGAUGGCGUUUCACAAUAGAAAAGGAUGCUCUCUAG